UGGCCAGCACGCUUCUUGACACUGAGCUCAGCUGAGGAAGAGGACCAGGAAGAGGCCAUGGAGCACAGCCACUUCCCUGUUUUUUCCCCAAACGGGAGCACCUGGAGCACGGGGCAGAAUCCCUCUGAGGCAGCCCAGGGAUGCCCUCUCGGACCACUACCCGUCAUCUACUAUAGUGUCCUGCUCUGUCUUGGCCUACCAGCUAACAUCCUGACCGUGGUAAUCCUGUCCCAGCUGGUGCUGCGUCGUCAGAAGUCCUCCUACAAUUAUCUCCUGGCUCUGGCCGCCGCCGACAUCCUCGUUCUGUUCCUCAUUGUUUUUGUUGACUUUAUAUUGGAGGAUUUUAUUUUGGCAGCGCCGCUGCCUCCGUCAUUAAAUAACGCAGUUCAGGUGCUGGAGUUUUCCUCCAUCCACACCUCCAUCUGGAUCACCGUGCCUCUUACCAUUGAUCGUUACAUCGCUGUUUGUCACCCAUUGCGCUACCACACGGUCUCCUACCCAGCCCGCACACGCAGAGUGAUAUUCGCCGUCUACGUUGGAUGCUUGCUCUCUGCAGCUCCCUACUACUGGUGGCCUGAGUUUUGGCACAGCCUUCCUGGACUGGGUAGUAGUGAUCGAGGAGGGGGCGGAAGAGAAGGAGGAGGAGGAGAAGAGGGCGACAAAAGAACGGUGGCCCAGCACGUCCUUGUGUGGGCCCACUGUGCCACCGUGUACCUCUUACCCUGCAUGGUCUUCUUCUCCCUUAACGCCGUCAUUGUGCGUAAGCUGCGCAGACGCCGUAGCUGUUUCCGUCUGCGUGGUUAUUCAACCGGCAAGACCACCGCCAUCCUCCUCGCGAUCACCUCCAUUUUUGCUGUUCUGUGGGCACCGCGCACCCUCGUGAUCCUCUACCACUUCUACUCGUCUCCCCCGGCAUCACAAACUGCCAGCCGUCUGCUCCACGUACUCACGGAUCUGGCAAACAUGCUAGCGCUGCUCAACACCGGGAUCAACUUCUUCCUCUACUGCUUCAUCAGCAAGCGUUUCCGGAGCAUGGCGGCCAAUGUGCUGCGAGCCUUGGUCCACUGCCGGAAGCAGCCGCCGCCAUUCUACGCCAGCCACAACUUCUCUAUCACAAGCAGUCCCUGGAUCUCACCAGCCAACUCCCACUGCAUCAAGAUGCUGGUGUACCAGUAUGACAAAAAUGGGAAGCCCAUCUGCAUUUCCUCUUGA